UUCUCAGUAAUAUAGCUCGGCCAGCCACUCUCCCCGAAAGCAUUGCGAUAAGGUCAACCAACUUUUCUUUUUCUCUUUGCCCAAAGAUUCUGCUCUUCUACUCUGCUCUCGAGGAAUCCCGACUUACCAAUAUCUUGUUAUUCUACCAACCAUGUUCGCGCUACAGAGCCUCUUCUUCCUUGCCUUCCCGGCCCUCAUCGCUGGGACUCCCGUGUCCACCGCGCUGGCCGCGCGCGCGCUGCCGGGCAACUUUGUGCUGUUCGCCUACGGCGAGGGCAUCGGCGGCGUCCCCAUCUUCACGUCUGGAGGCCAAGCCUUCCUGGGCAACUCGUCCAAGGUGGACGACGCCGAGGCGGCGCCCGUCGAAUUCAGCAGCGGCACCGGCGAGUCCCUGGUCGGCAGUCCUAACGCUACCGCUCCGGAAAAGACUCCGACUUGGUCCAACCUCACCCUCGUCAUCCCCAAGCCGGAGGCUACCCUUCACCAGGUCGAGUUCACCAACUCGACGCCCGGGGACAACGUAUCGGCAUCCGGCUUUGUCUUCUACGGAUAUUUCCUCCUUCACAAAACCGACACGUCGCUCAACUCGAUGUGGUAUGCCAUUCCCUCCGAGCACGAAGACGUCUGGUCCCUGGGCUGGAACUCGACCGGCGAGGAGACCGAAGGCACCGUGCUGCUCACUCUGAAGGCUACGGAACCGUCGCAGGGGACGAGCCCGACUCUGUAAGCUGGCUUGCCGUGAUCGAAUGACGAGCCCCUGCAACGGUUUCCCAAGGGCGGAUUUCUUUUUUUUCUCUCCAUCGCCAAGCCAAGCUCUUGUGCCGCCUGUUGCACGGCCACCCCCCUCCCCGCACCCUCCCCC